CUGCCCUUGCCUCCCUUUGCACCAUCUCACCAUUGUUAUCCAUCCAUCCACGACACAAACAACUCGGGGCACAUCCUUGACCGCCGCCGACACUGUCACAACACGCACGACGCACACAUUGACGCGCACAACGUCAACAUUGCUUGUUUAGGCUCUCGCCUCGCUGCUACUACCUCCCUCCGGCCCCUCCUCCCCCUCCCCACUCCCUAAUCGACCCCCCCGGCCGGCAAACUAGUCGCCAUUCCCCACCCCACAAACAUCAACACUUGGCCAAACUCGCUUGCACCACUCUUUGCGACCACUGCGGAUCCAGCGACGAUCCAUCUCACGACAGCGACAAAGACGACCAAGACGACAGCCAGCAGCACCCACUAACUUCGACAGGAUGAACCACAACAUCCAGUCGUUGAAAUGCGUUGUGGUCGGUGACGGCGCAGUCGGAAAGACCUGCCUCUUGAUCUCGUACACGACCAACGCGUUCCCUGGAGAAUACGUCCCCACCGUCUUUGACAACUACUCGGCAUCUGUGCUGGUCGAUGGGCGACCAAUCUCGCUCGGACUAUGGGACACGGCAGGGCAGGAAGACUACGACCGCCUUCGCCCCCUCUCAUACCCCCAGACAGACGUCUUCCUGGUGUGCUUCUCAGUCAUCAGCCCCCCGAGUUUCGAGAACAUCAAGACGUGGAUUCCUGAAAUUCGGCACCACGCCCCUGGCGUGCCCAUCAUCUUGGUCGGCACAAAGCUCGACCUCCGAGAGGACCCGCAGACGAUCCAGAGGCUGCGCGAGCGCCGCUUCUCGCCCAUCACCUACUCGAUGGGCCUGCAGCUCGCAAAGGAGGUCGGAGCGGUGCGCUACGUCGAGUCGAGCUCCAAGACACAAAAGGGGCUCAAGAAUGUCUUUGACGAGGCCAUCCGCGCCGUGCUCACGCCCCAAGAUCGGAAUCCGGGCCCAAAGAAACCCAAGGGAAACAAGAAGAACUGUGUUAUCCUUUGA